AUGAAACUUGGAGUCCGGACUUCCGAAAACAAUUUGGGCAAGCAAGAAAGUAUUUACGAUAAAGUUGAUGACGCAGCAAAAGGGAGUGUACAAGAAAUCAGAUAUUCACUGAAAAUGCGUUCAGUCGGGGAACGCUCGGAUGUUCCGCCACAAAUGGACGACUAUUCCGUGAACGCGGUGACCGUGACUGCGGUCUGCUCGAUGGGUGUACUGGUCUUUCUAUUUUUCUUCCUCAUAGUCAGCUUACGUGAGCUUCGAGAGCAACGUCAACGCCUGUCCGAACUGCAUUCAACUCCGGAGAAGAGUACUUCCACCGAUAGCACAACUCCAAGUUCUGGUCCCAAAGAUCUUGUGAAAGUGCCCCGUUCGGUCUCUCAUCCGGUCGAUUUACGAAACUUGACCGGCAGACCUGCACGACCAGUUUCUGUGGCAUGGAUUCCGGUGCCGCCGGAAUACUUCAAACACGGAUCUGCCUUAUGGCCUGUGGUUCAGUCUAUCGUGGAACACAGAAUGUCCACAGUUGAUGGAUACUGCGAAUACACGGGGAAUGGGCUACACAAGUUCCCUCGUUCACAUUCGGCACGAUUCUAUGAUAGUCGAUCCGGUGCCAAGCCUGUGGUCCAAAAUGAAGAAUUCACGGGGGCCUGCAAUUCAGGAUCCUCGGACAAUGAUGCGGAAGUACCGGAUCAAACUGUCCAAACAGGUAUGUGA